AUGGAGCAUCUGGAACAACUGCAGAAAGCCAACUUCACAGAGUACUAUGAAGUACUGGAGAAGAAGAUCGACGAGUUCGGUCUGCCAGUGACGCCGCCGCAGUUCCUGGCCGCAGCGAUCGGUGGCCUGCUUGUCGUCCUGUUCCUGUUGAGCUUGAAAAACGGAAGGGUGGCGGAAACUGUGACCACCAUGAAAGAGAACGACGUCACUUUCAAGCUGCCCUCGAGCGGUCGCCAGGUCCACGUCGUUGACUUCCCCGGCCACCAAAGGCUGCGCUCGCAGCUGGACACCUUCCUCCCGAUCACCAAGGGGAUCGUGUACCUGAUCGAUUCCGUUGAGUCCCGCUCCCAGCUUACCCAGAACGCGCAGUUCCUGUUUGAUCUGUUCACCAACAAGACCGUGAACAGGCGAAGGACACCCAUUCUCAUUGCCUGCAACAAGAACGAGAUGGUCACCGCCAAGCGCAAGGAAUUCAUUCAGGGCGAACUCGAGAAGGAGCUCAACCACCUGCGCGAGAGCAGCGCGCGCGGUACGCUGGCCGACAUCGACGGUAAGAAGGGAGGCAACGUCGAGGAGAUCACCCUCGGCGCCGCCGAUGAGCCCUUCAAGAUGGACCAGCUGCCCUUCAAGGUCUCCUUCGCCGAGUGCUCGGUCAAGCAGGGCGAGGUCUCCGCCAUCGAGGCGUUCCUCAGCAAAUGA